AUGGCCGUUAUGAAAUUCUUUUGUGUAUCUUCGCUCUUUAAUGUUGUAACCAUAAGUGUGGACAGGUUCUUAGCUGUUCAUCUUCAUCUCAGAUAUCGAGAGCUUGUGACUCACAAGCGCGUCAUUGCAGCAGUGACAUCAAUAUGGCUGUUAAGCGCAAUUAUUUCUUCUAGUGUCUUUUGGGAUCCAUUGCUUUUCAGCUCACAAGUCACUGGGCUCGUGAUUAAGACUGUUUGCCUUAUUGUAGUGGUAAUUUUCUACUGGAGGAUUUAUAUAGUCUUAAAGCGACACAUAAUCCAGAUUGAAGGCCUUCAAAUCCAAGAAGCGCAACAGGGAGUUCAAAAUGGCGACUUAUCUAACUUUUGAAGCUUCGAAAGUCAGCUCUUGGAACAUUUUUUGUAUGUAUUGUGUUCUUAAUUUGCUAUUUGCCUUGCUAUAUUCUCUCCUUUUUUUACUACUAA